UCAUCAACUGGUCCCGCCCAUUUCCUGGUGGGCUCUUCCUUCCCCUGCAUCUGCUGCUGCGUGCCCGGUCUCCUCUCUCUUGGCCAUCUCUCAUCUGCGACGGCAGCUUCUUCCGCCGUGCAGCCGCCGUGUUAUUGCCCUACCAGCUGAGUUGAACGAGCUAUCAGGUGUAAAGUGGUAAUCUUUUGGCAUCGAUAAGGAUGAAGGUGCGGUCGUCUGUGAAGAAAUUGUGCGAAUUCUGUAAGACUGUGAAGCGCCGCGGACGCGUAUACGUUAUUUGCUCGGCGAAUCCUAAGCACAAGCAGCGACAGGGCAUGAUGACCUUUGCCGCUGAAGGGGAACUUCCUCCCCCCGCAUCCUCGAAGAUGAGCUUAGGCCUGAAGCAACUAAUCACUCCGGGCAAUCCUUUGAUCACUCCGAGCUCUAGCCUGCAAACAAGAUUAUCUUCUCUUGUGCCGAAGAAGCGUGAGCCCUCCAUGUUGUUCGGGUGGAGGACGGGACUCGCAUCUCUCUUUUCCAAAUAGGAAGCAAAUUGUGUCUGUACCUGACUCCCCAUUUUUCAAAAGUGCUUCUUCCUGGAAUCUUUUGAACUACUCAUAAGAUGCAUCUGUUAGAUGCUGUGUCGUAACUACCUCGUGUUACUAGUCCGGUUCUGGAUUUAAUUUUGCCAGUGAUUUUCAUCGCUUGCUCGGGAAAAUUUUCUUUUGAUAAUUAGAUUUUGAGAUAUUAAACAUUGCUUAAAUUA